AUGCAUCUGUCGAGUCUCCUCCUUACCGUCGGGGCCAGCUCCCUGGCCCUGGCCGCCAGCCCCUACCCGAAUGCCACCACCACGGAGAAGCCCAACACCAUCACCCAGACCAUCACCAGCACUCACAUUGGCACCAUCACCACCUGCCCGCCCGAUGUCCACGACUGCCCCAUCGGCAAGAAGUGGACCAAGGUCGUGACCCACACCAAGGAGUACUGCCCGGAGAAGGAGAAGGAGAAGGAGGAGAAGCACAAGCACAAGAAGAUCGUCUGCCACGGCGACUGGUGCGCCCCCGAGGAGCACUGCGACAAGUGCGAGCACCACCGCGUCGUCUGUGAGGACGACCACUGCCGCGCCGAGCCCUGCAAGAAGGAGGACGACCCCCACAAGCUCGUCGUCUGCAACGGCAAGGAGUGCCACUUCCGCAAGUGCCACGGCGAGGAGUGCAAGCGCAAGAUCGUCUGCCACGAUGGCAAGUGUGUCUUCCCCAAGUGCCACGGCCACGAGUGCGAGAAGAAGUGGGCCUGCGACGGCGACGACAAGUGCAAGUUCGAGAAGUGCGACGGCGAGGACUGCGGCAAGAAGGUCAUCUGCAAGGACGGCAAGUGCAAGCCCGAGGAGCCUUGCGACCACGAGUGCCCCGUGCCUCACCACAACAAGCCCGAGCCCCAGCCCAACCCUCAGCCUCACCCGGAGCCCACCCACAAGCCUCACCACCGCCCUACCGGCUUCACCGAGUCGCCCAAGCACCCUUACCACACCCGACCGGCCAACACGACCGUCCCGGUCCAGGCUGGCUCGGACAAGAAGACGGUCGCCCUCAACCUGCUCGGCGCCGCCGCCGGUCUUGCGUUCAUGCUGUAA